AUGGAUCUAAGCACCGAUCAGAGACGAGGGCCUGGAAGGAAGCUACUCCAUCAAACUCUGACGAAGCUGAGGACGCUUCCACUUGCGGAGGCACGGGCUCUGCUUGAUGUAAUCAGGAGCGACACUCAGGGUCUGGCGGCUCUCGACGAGUGGUCUCAGGGCGAUAGUGGAGCUAGUUCUGGCCCUCCACAAAGCCUCGAUACUGUGAUGGAAACCGAGCAGCUAGAGACUGCUUCGUCGUCGGCGACACCCGAAGCUUCCACGAGCCACGGCUCAAGCGGGGCUUCCAGCAAUGCUGCAGUCGAGAUGUCUCACGUGGACGGCACACAGCUUGAGAAGCUCGGUACUCGCCAUCAGCGCUUGAUCUUGCCUGAUUCGCCAUUAGAAAAGAGUCCCAAUUUCCACCGUCUGUCACAGGUCAUGCUCAGUUUCCGCGAGGCAGCGGCUUCUAAAAUCAUCAGUGAUGGGAGCGCAAAUGAAAUCCUUAGCAUGUCUGGACUACGAGUUGACCUCCUGUACCGGAAACGACUAGCCAACGACGGCCAUCCGGUCUCGACAUGGGCAUGCGAGUUUGCCCGCGCCUCGAAAGUCGUAGCCCCAGUCUCGCAACUCACGGUCGUAUACUUUGCAGGGGCGUUCAUGAGAUGGCUAAUCAUACCUUGCAAAGAAACCUAUGACCUCUUACCUCCCUUAAUGCGACCUAUGGUGCAAAAGUCUAUGACCUACAAUCCUUUCGAGGUUGAAAGCUACAACACUCGUGCUUGGGAGUGGAUCGAUAAUCUCACCUUGAACAAGACACGGUUGCAGUGGCCAUAUACUGCUCUGGCAUGUCUCGAUGAAAUGUUCGAUCCGAGUCUUGCUCUGCUUGAGCCACGAAAGAGUUUCUCAGUACUAUUCACGGAUCAUUGCAAUGACAUGAAGAAUUGGACGAUGAGCGGAGAGCAGCCGAGACGCGACUCCUUCCAGAUGACUACUUAG